AUGACAAGUCGACGGCUCAUCCUAGAUACACUUCUAAAGAGAAGACUUUCUGUAUUUGAAAACUCUGCCUCUCGUAGCUUGUCUUGCAUUGCCAACAAUGGUAAUUUUGCUUCCAACAUUCCAACAACUCAGUUGACGUCAUCGCCAUUGAACCUUGCUUUCCAUGGCCCUCAAUCAACCAUCAUUGGUGCCAGAAGAUUCAAACACGCGUCCAAAAUGGGGCAUCAUCUGGAAACACUUGAUGAAUUGGCCCACGAACCCGAACGAGAGGCUGCUGAAGAAAAGCGCAAAAAGAAAAAGGAACGAAAGGCAAACAAAAAGAAGGGCAAAGCGGCUGCACCUGCACAGGAAGAAUUAGAAGACGACGACGACGAUGAUGACUUUGACUUUGAUGAUGACGAGGACAUGGAAGAGGAAGAGGUAAUUGGUGAAGACGGCGAGGUUGAAAUCACCCUCCCCGAUCCGUCGGAUGUCAAGCGACGCAUGAUGAAUGUCGUAGGCAGGUUUGAAGAAGCCUUGAAGAGUAUCCGAGGUGCCGAACCCUCUCCCGAAAUCUUCGACGACUUGAUGGUAGAUGCGUAUGGUUCUAUGACUCCACUCAAGGCGAUAGGACAAGUUGUCAUUGUCUCACCCACCUUGGCACAAAUUACCUGUUUCGAUCCAAUGAUUGCCAAGAACGCGGCCAAAGCCGUUCAACUUGCCUUGGAACUGAAUCCACAAGUGGAAGAGGGGGGCAACAUCAAGGUACCACUCCCCCGCAUGUCUUUAGAAGUGAGAGAACAAACUGCAAAACAACUCAACAAACGAUCAGAAGCCUGCCGUCAACGCAUUCGUCAAGUCCGUCGCAAGGCAAUGGAUAAGGUGAAAAAGGGCAAGGAUGGAAAGAUUCCGGGUGUCUCUAAGGAUGACGCCUUUGCUAAUGCAAAAGAAAUUGAAAGUGUGACAGAGUCCGCAAUGGACUCGCUGAAGAGCUUGGUGGAUAAGAAGACGGACUCCAUCAUGAAUGUCUAA